GGGGCAAGUGACUCAUGAGCACGAGUUGUUAAGCGAUGGAAUUUGGGAGAUCAAGCCACACUGCUUAAAACAUCACAUGAUCUCCCUCUGGCCCCGUAUUUCAUAAAACAGAGCGGAUCGCAGGAGGCCGACACUGUGACUCCUGGUGGAUGGGACUGGGGAGUCAGAGUCAAGCCCUGACUGGUUGCAGGCGCUCGGAGUCAGCAUGGAAAGUCUCUGCGGGGUCCUGGGAUUUCUGCUGCUGGCUGCAGGACUGCCUCUCCAGGCUGCCAAGCGAUUUCGUGAUGUGCUGGGCCAUGAACAGUAUCCCGAUCACAUGAGAGAGCACAACCAAUUACGUGGCUGGUCUUCGGAUGAAAAUGAAUGGGAUGAACACCUGUAUCCAGUGUGGAGGAGGGGAGACGGCAGGUGGAAGGACUCCUGGGAAGGAGGCCGUGUGCAGGCAGUCCUGACCAGUGACUCACCGGCUCUGGUGGGUUCCAAUAUCACUUUUGUGGUGAACCUGGUGUUCCCCAGAUGCCAGAAGGAAGAUGCUAAUGGCAAUAUCGUCUAUGAGAAGAACUGCAGGAAUGAUUUGGGACUGACAUCUGACCUGCAUGUCUACAACUGGACUGCAGGGGCAGAUGAUGGUGACUGGGAAGAUGGCACCAGCCGAAGCCAGCAUCUCAGGUUCCCGGACAGGAGGCCCUUCCCUCGCCCCCAUGGAUGGAAGAAAUGGAGCUUUGUCUACGUCUUUCACACACUUGGCCAGUAUUUCCAAAAACUGGGUCGGUGUUCAGCACGGGUUUCUAUAAACACAGUCAACUUGACAGCUGGCCCUCAGGUCAUGGAAGUGACUGUCUUUCGAAGAUACGGCCGGGCAUACAUUCCCAUCUCGAAGGUGAAAGAUGUGUAUGUGAUAACAGAUCAGAUCCCUGUAUUCGUGACCAUGUCCCAGAAGAAUGACAGGAACUUGUCUGAUGAGAUCUUCCUCAGAGACCUCCCCAUCGUCUUCGAUGUCCUCAUUCAUGAUCCCAGCCACUUCCUCAACGACUCUGCCAUUUCCUACAAGUGGAACUUUGGGGACAACACUGGCCUGUUUGUCUCCAACAAUCACACUUUGAAUCACACUUAUGUGCUCAAUGGAACCUUCAACCUUAACCUCACCGUGCAAACUGCAGUGCCCGGGCCAUGCCCUCCCCCUUCGCCUUCGACUCCGCCUCCACCUUCAACUCCGCCCUCACCUCCGCCCUCACCUCUGCCCACAUUAUCAACACCUAGCCCCUCUUUAAUGCCUACUGGUUACAAAUCCAUGGAGCUGAGUGACAUUUCCAAUGAAAACUGCCGAAUAAACAGAUAUGGCUACUUCAGAGCCACCAUCACAAUUGUAGAGGGGAUCCUGGAAGUCAGCAUCAUGCAGAUAGCAGAUGUCCCCAUGCCCACACCGCAGCCUGCCAACUCCCUGAUGGACUUCACUGUGACCUGCAAAGGGGCCACCCCCAUGGAAGCCUGUACGAUCAUCUCCGACCCCACCUGCCAGAUCGCCCAGAACCGGGUCUGCAGCCCUGUGGCUGUGGAUGGGCUGUGCCUGCUGUCUGUGAGAAGAGCCUUCAAUGGGUCUGGCACCUACUGUGUGAAUUUCACUCUGGGAGAUGAUGCAAGCCUGGCCCUCACCAGCACCCUGAUCUCUAUCCCUGGCAAAGACCCAGACUCCCCUCUGAGAGCAGUGAAUGGUGUCCUGAUCUCCAUCGGCUGCCUGGCUGUGCUUGUCACCAUGGUUACCAUCUUGCUGUACAAAAAACACAAGGCGUACAAGCCAAUAGGAAACUGCCCCAGGAACACGGUCAAGGGCAAGGGCCUGAGUGUUCUCCUCAGUCACGCGAAAGCCCCGUUCUUCCGAGGAGACCAGGAGAAGGAUCCAUUGCUCCAGGACAAGCCAAGGACACUCUAAGUCUUUGGCCUUCCCUCUGACCAGGAACCCACUCUUCUGUGCAUGUAUGUGAGCUGUGCAGAAGUAUGUGGCUGGGAACUGUUGUUCUCUAAGGAUUAUUGUAAAAUGUAUAUCGUGGCUUAGGGAGUGUGGUUAAAUAGCAUUUUAGAGAAGACAUGGGAAGACUUAGUGUUUCUUCCCAUCUGUAUUGUGGUUUUUACACUGUUCGUGGGGUGGACACGCUGUGUCUGAAGGGGAGGUGGGGUCACUGCUACUUAAGGUCCUAGGUUAACUGGGGGAGAUACCACAGAUGCCUCAGCUUUCCACAUAACAUGGGCAUGAACCCAGCUAAUCACCACCUGAAGGCCAUGCUUCAUCUGCCUUCCAACUCACUGAGCAUGCCUGAGCUCCUGACAAAAUUAUAAUGGGCCCGGGCUUUGUGUAUGGUGCGUGUGUGUACAUAUUCUACUCAUUAAAAAGGCAGUCUAAUAAGCUGUGUGAUUAUUAUAUUGGGGAGAAAAUUUUCCCUGUGUAGUUCAGUGAACUACCCAUCCAUUCAUUUAUCCAUGGACACUUAUAAAGCAUGUGGUGGGCUGCACUUGACCUAUGAGACCUUGUCUAUUCUAUACCAGCAGACCCUUAAUAGCAACCAAGUGAGAUCUGAGAGUCCAGACUGUAUCUACCUUGAUGAAGGUAGACAACUGGAUAAAUAUGAUGGUAUUAUAGAAUGACUGCUCAUUUUUGAGGCAUUGUGGAGGACCAACAUUCAGUCUGGUACUUUGACACCCCCCCCCCCCACUAGGUGGCCUAGAAGCAAAAAGAAGCUUUUUGUUUGGAAAUUGUCUCCAAAGAAUGUAAAAAUUGCUGACCACUUAGGACAGGGCCUCUCAGCCAGGAGUGUUUGGCAAUGUUUGGAGAGAUUUGUGGUUGUCAAAACUAGGGUGGGGUGCUACUGGCAUCUAGUGGGGAGAGCCCAGGGCUGCUGAACACCCUGUGCCUGCGGGACAGCCCCACAGCCAAGGAGCCCAGAGCAACUGAAGGAGUCCUGGGCACAGGCAUCCCAACAGCAGCCUUGUAUCUGAACCGAGCCCUGACAUCUAAAGCUUUGUGACCUAGUGACAUGGCAUGUUAGGAGUCUUUUCUGCCUCUGUCUCAGCUGUAGAAGGGGUAUGCUGUCCCUCUCUGACUCACUUCACAUGGCCGCUACUGCUCCUGAUGGAAGAAUGAGUGCAGGUACAGCCUUGUGUUACAGUCUCAGCCUGGGGACAGAAACACGUGAAGAAGCUUGAUUGAUUGAUUGAUUGAUUGAUUGAUUGAUUGAUUGAUUGAUUGAUUGAUUUUUACAUACUAAGGAGCCCGUUCACUAGUACCCAAAACAGGACAUUGAUUUCAGGUUGCUGCAGAAUCCACAGACCGCUUAGACUCCACCCCAUGGUUCCAAACACUGUCUUGUGGAGGUGGGACCCCAUAAUUUGGAUUUCUGAGAAACCAACAGAGAAUCCUUAUUCUGCUGGUUCCAGGACAAGAAUGAGCAAGGCUGGGCUUGGGAUCACUUCCUUGCUCAGGUCAACAGGGGGCAGCAGAGAACAGCAGAUACAGAACAGCCACCAAAGCGGCAGGUCCAUGACUUUGUUUAUCUAGCUUCAUCUAAACAAAUUUUAAUCUAGUAGUAGGAAAGAAGUCUGAAAUAGUAAAUUGUGUCGAUUUAUAUUUUCCAAGUGACCCUGGUAAGGGAACUGUCUGCAGAAUGGAAGAAAUAGCCUAAGAGACAGGGAUGGCUUGAUUGAUGUUGGCUGAGAAUUAAAACUUCUCACGAAAAGUACAUGUGUAUGUAACAAAUUAUUCCAGGAAUUGCUUAUUUCUAGGGCUUUUAUAAAUGUCUGCAUCCU